AUGGCUUCGACGCAUGUUCUUAAGAAGAACUACCGCUGCGACCGCUCCCUGCAGCAGUUCUACACUGGCGGGCCCUUUGCGGUCGGGCUCGCCCCCGGCGGCGACGGCGAUGGCGGCGCCGAGGCUGAGACCUUCCUCGCGUGCGCGUGCGGUGGGGAGGUGCGCGUGGUGUCCGCCGCGGACGCCUCCGCCAUAGGGGAGCCCAUCGACGGCGACUCGGAGGCCAUCACCGCGCUGGCGCUGUCCCCCGACUCACGGCUCAUCUUCGCCGCGGGGCACAGCAGGCUUAUUAGGGUCUGGGACCUCGCGUCCCGAACUUGCAUACGCAGCUGGAAGGGACAUGAUGGUCCUAUCAUGGCCAUGGCAUGCCAUGCUUCUGGUGGUUUGCUUGCAACUGCCGGAGCAGACAAGAAGGUCUGUGUAUGGGAUGUCGAUGGUGGAUUUUGCACCCAUUUCCUUAGAGGCCAUACAGGCGUUGUGACGACCAUUAUGUUCCACAAAGAUCCAAAGCGCCUUCUGUUGUUUUCAGGAAGUGAAGAUGGCACCGUGCGAGUGUGGAACCUUGAAACCAAAAAAUGUGUUGCUGUGCUUAAAGAGCAUUUUUCGGCAGUCACUUCAUUGACAUUGUCUGAUGAUGGACAAACAUUGCUCAGUGCUGGGAGGGAUAAGAUUGUUACUGCAUGGGAUAUUCGUAAGUACAGCUCAAAGAAGACAAUACCGACAUAUGAAAUGAUAGAAGCUGUUUCCUUCAUUGGAUCAGGAAGUGAGCUCUUGGCUUGUUUGGGCAUAGAACUGGCAAAUAUAAAGGAGAAAGCGGCCGGUUAUUUUCUUACAGUUGGUGAACGUGGGGUUGUGCGCAUCUGGUGCUUGGAGAGUUCUCUUUGCGUGUUCGAGCAGCAAACAUCUGAUGUAACUGUUAACUCAGAGAACGAGGAAACCAGGAGGGGCUUUACAUCUGCUGUUAUGUUGCCAAAUGAUCAAAGAUUACUCUGUGUUACUGCUGAUCAGCAGUUUUUGUUCUAUUGUCCCAAAAGAACUGAUGAUGGGACCUUUGAACUGUCCCUAUAUAGACGACUAAUAGGUUAUAAUGAUGAGAUUCUUGACUUGAAGUUUGUUGGGGAGGACGAACAAUAUCUUGCUGUAGCUACCAACUUGGAGCAGUUGUUUGCAUUGACACCUGUGUCUCUGCUUCCCGGGAAGACACUUGUUGUAACUGGGAGCAAGGAUAAUACUGUGAGGUUAUGGGAUGCUGAAAGAAAAAGCUGUAUUGGCAUUGGCAAAGGCCAUCUGGGAGCUGUUGGUUCUGUUGCCUUCUCAAAGAAAACAAAGAACUUUUUUUACUAUCUUUUUGUUAGUGAUCGAACCAUCAAGGUAUGGACCUGGGACAAUACACUUAGUGAUGCUGAAGAUGAAGUCCCUCUUAAAGCAAAGGCUGUUGUAGCUGCACAUGAUAAAGAUAUUAAUUCUCUGGCAAUUUCACCUAAUGAUGGCCUUGUUUGCAGUGGUUCUGAGGACCGAACUGCUUGCAUAUGGAAACUCCCUAACCUAGUGUCCUCUAUUGUCCUUAAGGGACACAAAAGAGGAAUCUGGUCAGUUGAGUUUUCUCCUGUUGAACAAUGUGUCAUGACAUCCUCUGGUGAUAGAACAAUCAAAAUAUGGUCCGUUGCUGAUGGCUCAUGCUUGAAGACAUUUGAGGGUCAUACAUCAAGUGUUCUGCGAGCUUCUUUCCUUUCACGUGGAACUCAAGUUGUUUCUUGUGGAAGUGAUGGCCUAGUGAAGUUAUGGACAAUCAAGACAAAUGAAUGCAUUGCUACUUAUGAUAAGCAUGAUGGGAAGGUCUGGGCAUUGGCUGUUGGCAUGAAAACUGAAAUGGUUGCUACUGGUGGAACUGAUUCUGUCCUCAACCUGUGGCAUGAUUGCACCAUGGAAGAUAAGCAGGAAGAUUUCCGUAAGAAGGAGGAAGAAGUUUUAAGAGGCCAGGAAUUGGAAAAUGCUGUGUCAGAUUCUGACUAUGCAAAGGCAAUACAACUUGCAUUUGAGCUUAGAAGACCACACAGGCUUCUAGAUUUAUUCUCACAGCUUGCCAGGAGAGCUGAUGCAGAGGAUCCAAUAGAAAAGGCUCUUCUUGGUCUUCCAAAGGAUGGCCUCCGCGUGCUUCUUGAGUAUGUCCGUGAAUGGAAUACGAAGCCCAAGUUCUGUCAUGUUGCACAGUUUGUGCUUUUUCAGAUCAAGGGCAUCAGUGAGCUCCUUGAGGGCCUUAUUCCGUAUUCGCAGAGGCAUUUCAGCAGAGUCGAUAGACUAGUCCGAAGCACGUUUCUGUUGGACUAUACACUGAUGCGAAUGUCCGUGGUAGAUCCAGAUGUAGAUGCGGGCACAAUCAAAGAUGAAAUGAAUGGUUCAUCUGUGGAGAACGGUGAACUUGCAGAGCCUCGGCCUGCUUCACCUGUACCAGAGAAGUCAAGCAAGAAGAGAAAAUCCAGGAAAUCAAGUAAAAGGGCAAGGCAAGAGAAGAAGGUGAAGGUUGCCUCGAGUGGACACAGCAAUGAUGUCUCUGUUGAAGCCUGA